GCACUUGCCAUAGAACUGUCAGGGUGGAACUGGCCGACAAACGCAAUAUGGCACCACGCUCGUCGACCAGCUGGGAUCCUGUUCUACUCAUAUCCCAGAUCGUAUCAAUGCAGACACUUCAUUAUCUUACACUUUCCCUUAUAAUACCCCCCUGCCUCGCCAUGUUUGCUGAAAAGAGCUUGCUUAUAUAUGAAGGAGGGCCAGCUAAUGUUGGGAUGGUCAUGGAUUGGCGCGAGAUGGCUGGGUUACCUACUGUGCCCAUUACCCCAGGACAGGGGCGUUGGAACCAAUACACUGGCGCAUGGAGCAUGGGGAAGAAGGUAGGGAGUGGAUGGCAGGAAGGUCAAUGGGACGGCACUACCGACCCAAAGCGUGGAUGGACCUUGGCUUUCUGUUGGAUGCUUGCAUCUUGCGCCGACAUAUAUUACUUAUGUUUCUUAAUACGGCGACCUCGUCUGAUUUUGGAUUUCACCUUGACCCUCUUGUUUAACCACCUUGUUCUCACAACCUAUUACUCAGCAUCAAUACCCACCUCCUUCUUUUUUUGGUUAGUCAUGAUAGCGAGCUCUGCAUUGACAAUAGUUAUUGCCGAGCAGCUGUGCGUUAAGAGAGAAAUGACAGAGGGGCUAGUGGUCUCACACCCGCGGGACGAGGAUGAGGUGGAAAUGGGUGAACUUCCGCGUAGAGAUUAACAUAAUUUCGCUUGUAUGAUGAAGACCUGCCUCGUGAUGAUAUCUUUUUGCUAUAAUCAACGUGUCUGCUGCUAGAACAAACGCGCUGUGAGUUGUUCCGCCUGAAGUCUAUGCAAUCAUGUGCUCUCAUUUUUGUUACGAGAACCCCUCUACCUGUUCAAGUGGUAUUCGUUGUCAACGGAUUAUUUUUGUUCUGACCGAAAAUCAUUAUCAGACCAAUACUGCGGCCUUUGACAUCAAAUCCCGAGGUUGCCGCGUAGGAGAAUACAUUGUCAGAGUGCAUCUGACCCACAAACAAGCAAACGGUCACAUCGUGAUGAAAGCUAUUUGGGCCAUUGAGAACAGACUAUCGCUCUUCAGACUAGUGUGAGUAAAUGAAUGUGCGUAUUGCCAUUACUUUUUCAAAGUCUUGCGGGAUCAUUUCAAUGUAUUUUUCGUCUUUGCCAAUGCAUGAGCUUCCUACGGCCAUCCGUACACUCCAUGCAUACCCACAGUGUGGUGAUGUACCUUUGCAGUAGCAGCCGCGGUGUCCGAGCUGGACAUUCUUUAACCAGCAUAUAGUUCGGCAAAUACUAGGCAAUUAUAAUGCACGCAAUACGUUCCGGCUCUUUGGACGUCAGGAUGUUGUGUUCUCUUCUCACUUGCCUGAACACGGAGUCGAUUUUACGUAGCGAACUCAUUGGUUGGCGCCCUUGCUGGCUCAUUGUUUCCUGGACCGUCAUCAACGUCAGCCUCACCAUCAGAACGACCCUGCUGAUGAUGACACCGUAUCAGAAAGGACGGUGAUUAAGGAUCGUGGCAUUUUUACAGCUUUUCUGGGAAUAGUUGGCUCCUAUCUCAGGCUCUUAGACAUACGGAUAUCCGGGACGGUGUUACUCAAGACAAACAAACGUUAUCUUGGAAUUGGAGAGAUUUAAGAUUGUAUCUUGUUCUCCUACAAAGCGGAUCCUUGGAUUGGUGGACUCAACUUGAAUCUGUCAAGCUCCGCUCCAAUGAGUCACGACGGCUCCGCUGAGAUCCGUCUUCUCCAGAAUCCAUCAGACUUGCAUUAUGAUACGGCAUGACUACAUAGAUGUCGAACAGCAUUACAAGAUCCGAACGGCCUGUUGAAUAUCCUGGAUAUGUGUUUACAGAGAGCUGUGGUUAAUGCUGCGUAGGUACUGCAUGUACUGUGUGCACUCCGCUCGACCUGGGUGUGCCGUGGCGCAUCAGUGUCAAGCGUUGCUGAUAUGUUGUGCUGCUCUGAGUGGAGGCCUCGACCCUUGACUGCUGGCUACUAGACCAUGGCGCCCUUGCUCAUGUGGCGUUUGAUGAAAGUACAUUAUGAUUUCCGGGGCCAUGCUGUUCUACGCCUCUGCGGUUCGCAGUAAUUAUUCCGGCGCGCCGUGACCGGUGCACCUGGUGAAGGAGAUGAGGACAGGAAAGAUGAUACAUUACAGGCUGCCUGUCAAUGGUUCGGUGUGACAGUCUGGCGUCUUAUAUUUUCCGCAGAGAACUACGUAUCGGAGUUUUCUUACGCACGUAACCUGGCUUGUCGUCAGCCAUCUGACCGUUCGAGCGAGUGAUGUCAAUCUCGGUUGCGGAAUGGCAUGUUUUUCGCAUAGUACUACUUAUCACAUACUUAUCCCUCCAAAUCUCAGGAUGCGGGUGAGCAAUUGAGCGGUCCGGAUGCUUUUGUGGAGCUAUGGGCUGUCUGACCUUGCUAUGUUCAUGCUGGCGAGUCCAUUUGCGACCUGAUCGUAAUAGGUUUCCAUAUAAGUCAAGGUUGGCCCGAUUGCCACAUCGGAUGCGACUCUUCCCUGGAUCUGAUCUUGAAGACCGAACGUAUCUCGAAGGAAUUUUUUGAAUUUUCUGACCGUCUUUGGUAACUGUCAUCAGCGUAAUCUUUGGACCAUCCUGUGCUUUUUCGUUUUCCAAGCGCUAGGACCGUGUCGCCAUCAUGCCAUCCAGCCUAUGCUCGCCCCAAUAGCUCUUUGAACUUGUUUAGGCUGGUGGCGAAAGUCAUCAUGGUAGGGUAGGAUGUGAUCCUUCAAGGUUUUGCAAAUCAGUAUUCCCGCAUGAUGCGACUCGGACAAACUAAGGUUCUUACAGCCGUUUUGCGGCUAAUAAUAAUCGGCCGGCUUUACAGGUUCCAGA